AUGAUCAUCGUCCUGAUUCUGGCUCCAAAUGAAAUUGUGUCGAUUCUACCAUUAGUACCAGAACGACUUAGUGAGGACAAUUUCCCGAGCGUGAAUUUAUAUGCUCAGCCAAUGGGCACGAGCGAAUCCCAUUUUUUACUAAAUUUCUACGCCGGAUCCGACACGGACAAUGAUGAGAAUUGGCUUGUUGGGUUUAGCCAACCCGAAAGCGUGACGCUUUACUCUUCCGUAUUUUCUCUGAUCCUGAACUCUACGACAAAUGAUUUCCGGCUGGAAUUGUUGAUUUGCUAUGGUGUACAGCAUCAAUUUGUCCGCCCAGCCCUCCUGACCAGCCCAUUAUUCCCGUGGAAAUUCGACGACUCGAAUGGGGUCGAUUUCUGCUUCAACGACACGGCACAAUCCAACACCUCUAUCAUCACCUUUGCUUUUAACCGACUGACCGAGAUGGAAAAGCUCACGAUACCAGCAAAUCCGGAAAAUGACACCUUACUAUUUUUCGGUCAUCGCACCGACCUGCCUUAUAUGGUGUGCACGCAACUGAUUGUUUACGGGCGCCGAAAUCAUAUGCCAUGUGAAUACGAGCUACACGCCGGGGCGAUGGGAAAGCACUUGACGACAUUUAGCGAUUACGAGGCGAUCUUCCCGCAAAUCCUCACCUCGGAAACGUAUUCGCUGAAAAUCCCGCGUUACUGCUCGCCGAUGAUAGCCUUGGAUGUUGGAGACGCCAUGGACAUUAGCCCUGGAAUGCGUAUGCCCGGGUACGGUACCGCGAUCGUCACCUCCCAAGGCUACGGUGAUCCUAUGCAUAUCGCAUAUAAUGGCUGGACGGGAACGAAGUGCGCUUGGGUUAAUGUACAGAACGAGACCUAUGACGUGGCGAUCGAGGUCGUCGAGGUAUUGACCGGGGAACUGACGAUCAACUUUUGCGAUGCGACAGAUAAAAACAAGCUCUUCUUCAACACAUCGUACCUCAGAAAUGGCACUUCUUGGAACUUUCAAAGCCCGAAUUGCAUAAAUAUAUCUUGGAGCAGUAUGGGCACUGUUGCUCUUGGAGAGCCCACCGGAUUCCAGGCCCGUUUUAAAUUUCAACAUCAUCGAUGGAUGACGACACCGGAAACUGUCACGACAUCUUCAUCGCAAAAAGCUUAUUUGCCCGGCCUAUUAAUAUUUGUGUUGACGAGAUUGUUAAGG